UAAUGUUAAUGAUUUUUAUUCUUUUUGAACCCUGCACUAGAUAAAUGUUUUUUUUUUUAUUUCUAAAAAAUCAGUAAAAAUAUAAAAUUAAAAUAUGAAUUUUAAGUGCUUUAAUUAAAGUUAAUAUAUUAUUAAGUAUUUAAAAUGAAUAUCCACCUAAUUAAUAUCAUUGCUAUUAUGUUUUACCACGCGCUUGAGAUUACAGCCAUUAAUAACAAUGAUGUACGAAAUCAUCUUGGAACUCGGACUCCUUACCGAUUUAGGUAUAACAAGAAUGAUUCUCGAAUUAAAUACCCAGGAUGUAGAGAUGCUAGAAUAUGGAUGAUCAUUCGCCAUGGAACAAGGCUCCCUAGUGCUAAGGAUAUAGUUGGAAUGAAAGAUAUUCUCAGAGAUUUGAAAUAUGAGAUUUUAUUCAACCACAAGAAAAGCAAAGAACAACUCAAAAGGUUAGAAGAAUGGUCAAGUGAUAUUGAUAUUGAAGAAGAGAAAUACCUGACACGAGAAGGUCAAGAUGAAAUGAUAUUUCUAGCAGAAAGAAUGCAGAAGAGGUUUCCAAAUGCCAUUAAAUCAAAAUAUGACAACAAAACAUUCUAUGUAUUAGAAUAUUAUCACGACUUGAAACAUUACUGGAUGGACAGCUAUGGCCACAAUUUGACCUACAAACAAGCAUGCAUGGCUAUCAAGACAAUGUUUGAAGAUUUUAAGAAAAAGAGCGAACCUCAUGCAACAUUCCUGUUUGCACACUCGGGAACGUUAUUGAAGAUCCUGACACAUAUGCAAUUGUAUAAGCCGAGCGCACCAUUAACUGGGCACACCAUAGACAAGAAGAGGAAGUGGAAAACGAGCGACAUAGACUGUUUUGCAUCUAAUUUGGCUUUUGUUUUGUACAAAUGUGAAGACGGAAAUAAAGUAUUGACUCUCCACCAAGAGAAUAUAAUCAGACUGCCGAUGUGCGAACAUGACCUCUGCCCAUUAGAACAUUUGGAGAAGCAUUUUCACGAAUCAAUAUAUAAUUGCGAUUUCACUGACAUGUGUAGUCUGAAUAACACUAUUGCAUAAAGCUUGCUACUAUAUUGAUUUACUGUUAAGCUUCAUUUACAUAUUACGUUGAUAAGUAGGUAAGUAAAGUGAUUAUUUUCAUGUAAACAACAAUUUUUGUCUAUUCUUCGGCUAACAGGCACAAUAUUAUUUAAAUGCAUUUAGAAAAGUGUUCGGGUUAAAUGUUUGUGUUAUAAAUUACUGAUUAAGUUAAAAUUUAGUUACCUACUUGUUAACGUAAUAAUGAGCUUGUCAAUUAAUCAUUGUUAUUUUUAUAUGAGCUAGUUAAUGUGAUGUUCGAUAUUU